UCUUUCAACUUUCCUCUUUACUGUCUCUGUCUCUCCAGAAAUGUCUUUAACUGAAGCAGCUCCUCUCCUCUCGCUCCUUCUCAUUACACUCCUCUCCACCGUCACUUCCCAUUACUCCUCCUCUUCUUCCACACCUCCGCCGUCGCAGUCCUCCCUCUGGCAUCCUGCACGCGCCACUUACUACGCAGCUUCGGAUCCUCAGGGCGCCGUGAGUGGUGCCUGCGGGUAUGGGGACCUCGUCAAGGCUGGUUACGGCAUGGCCACUGCAGGUUUAAGCGAGGCUUUAUUUCAGCGUGGACAGAUCUGCGGCGCGUGCUUCGAGUUGAGAUGCGUUGAUGACCUGCGGUGGUGCAUACCCGGGACCUCUAUCAUUGUCACCGCCACCAAUUUCUGUGCUCCCAACUACGGGUUCUCGGCGGAGGGCGGUGGCCGUUGUAAUCCCCCCAACAAACACUUUGUGCUUCCCAUUGAAUCUUUUGAAAAGAUAGCCAUUUGGAAAGCUGGCAACAUGCCUGUUCAGUACCGAAGGGUCAAGUGCAGGAAGGAAGGAGGCGUUCGAUUUACGGUAGAUGGUUCGGGCAUCUUCGUGUCGGUGCUCAUAAGCAACGUAGCAGGUGCGGGGGACAUAGUGGCAGUAAAGAUAAAGGGCUCGAGAACGGGGUGGUUGCAGAUGGGUCGGAAUUGGGGACAGAACUGGCAUAUCAAUUCCGAUCUCAGGAAUCAACCACUCUCGUUUGAGGUCACCAGUAGUGACGGCCUUACACUUACGUCCUACAAUGUUGCUCCCAAGAAUUGGAACUUCGGCCAAACCUUCGAAGGAAAACAAUUAGAGUCCUAAAGAUUAAGCACCCAAUGUAGUGCAAUGUUUCUUCUUCUUCUUCUUCUUCUUCUUCUUCUUAUUAUUAUUAUAUAUAUACACAACACUGUUCUCUGCUCUUCUUUUCUUUCUGUUAUCUGUUGCUUUGCACUGAAUGGAAAUGGAGGUUCAAGUGAUGAGGUUUGUCAUUGUGUGUUACGACUUAAACUAGCAGGAGAGAUCAAUUUUUCCAUU